GGAAGUCAUAUGACUUUUACUUUUUCCAUGUACCAGUCAAGCAUCGAAACUAUGACAUAGUUUCACUUUUCUCGUCAGUAAUGUCAAUGUCAACAGACGAAGAAGCGAAGGAAUAUUUGUAUAAGGUCCUAGUCAUUGGUGAGGCGAGCGUUGGAAAGACGAGUAUCAUUAAACGUUAUGUGCAUCGCGUAUUCUCGGCAGUCUAUCAAGCAACGAUUGGUGUUGAUUUUGCCAUGAAGCUUCUGCCUUGGGAUGAUCACACUCUUAUUAAUUUACAAAUGUGGGAUAUUGCAGGUCAGGAAAGAUAUGGGAAUAUGACAAGAGUUUAUUACAGAGAAGCUGUAGGAGCAUUCAUAGUGUUUGACGUAAGCAGAUCAGCGACAUUUGAUGCUGUCCAGAAAUGGAAAAACGAUCUCGAUGAAAAAGUCCAUCUUCCUAAUGGAAAACCAGUUCCAUGUAUUUUACUAGCAAACAAGUGUGACAAACCAAAGGAGGGAAUUGUCAUUGAUGCAAAGAAAAUGGAGGAGUAUUGUGUUGAAAAAGGUUUCCUACAAUGGUACGAAACGUCGGCGAAGGACAACAUCAAUAUCGAUGCAGCAACACAUUCCCUUGUUGCCAAGAUUAUAGAGAAUGAAAAGUACAACAACUGGCACGAAGAGCACGACCAAUACAACAAACUUGUAAACCUCAGAGAGUCAGGGAUGAGACAAAACAACGAUUGUUGCUAGAUGUGUACUGUACCAAUACGUUGCUUGAUCAAAUGACUCAUAGCUUGGAUUCUGCCCCAAAAUUUAGGAAUUAGAUUAAUUAACCCGUUUGUAUUGAAUGACUCUAUCGUAAUAUUUCUGGUUCUCAAACCUGGUGGAAAGAAAUUUUGUAGAUAAGUGUGCUGGUUGCUAUGGCAAUAGAUUUGUAUUUUAGAUUUUAUGUGAUUGAGAUUGAUGGAAUAAUAAUGUUGGCAAAGUGCAAGU